AUGGCCGCCGCAGUCCAGUCCGCCCCAAUCAGCCUCGAGACAAUGUCCGACAACAUCGAUGCCGUCAAUGUCUACAAGACAGAACUUCACGAUGAAUCCGAAUUCGACAAGUCCAAAGACAAAGCUGGAUUUCGUCAGUUUGACGAUGCUUGUGACCAAGUCAAGAACUUCUAUGCCCAGCAACACACCCUUCAGACGGUAGCAUACAACCUGAAAGCACGCAACGAUUUCAAAAAUAAGACUCGUGCUCACAUGACUGUUUGGGAGGCGAUGGAAAAGCUGAACACGUUCAUCGAUGAAUGUGACCCCGAUACCUCCGAGUCUCAGAUGACCCAUCUUUUGCAAUCUGCCGAAGCAAUCCGCAAAGAAGGAAAGCCUCGCUGGAUGCAGUUGGUCGGACUGAUCCAUGAUCUUGGAAAACUCCUCUUUUUCUUCGGGGCCAAGGGUCAGUGGGAUGUUGUUGGUGAUACCUUCGCAGUUGGCUGUGCUUUCGACGACAGAAUUAUCUUCGGUAACAAGUCUUUCAAGGACAACGAGGACUACAACAGCGAGAUUUACAGCACUAAGUUUGGAAUCUAUUCUCCUGGUUGCGGAUUGGAGAAUGUUAUGCUUUGCUGGGGCCACGAUGAGUACCUCUACCAUAUCGUCAAAGAUCAGUCCACAAUUCCCGAGGAAGGCCUCGCGAUGAUUCGAUACCAUUCGUUCUACCCUUGGCACCGGGAGGGCGCAUACCAUGAGUUGAUGGAUGAACAUGAUCAUAAGAUGCUGGAAGCUGUGAGGGCUUUCAACCCUUACGAUCUGUAUAGCAAGAGUGACGAAGUCCCUGAUUUUGAGAAGCUCAAGCCUUACUACAUGGAGCUCAUUGACGAGUACUUCCCCACCAAGGUCAUCAAAUGGUAG